GUAACCCCGACAACCGCGUCAUCGAGCGACGAGCGCUAUGCGCGACUCAUUGCUGACUUCAUUCAGUUGAGUGCGCAAGAGUGCAAUCAGUGGUUGUGUUGUGGUCUGUGGAUUAAAAUUUUUGCAUAUACAAUGUUGUUCCGUUGGCAUGUAAUGCUUUGUGCGUUAGUUUUACUUUCUAUUCUCGAUGUGAAAUCAGUUAAUGGCAAGAGAGGUUUUGGAGGCAGUCAUAGCUAUCCGAGAUCGGGUGGACUCUCAGGCGGGGGCAGUCAUAGCUAUCCAAAAUCAGGCGGACUGUCGGGCGGCGGUCACGGAUACUCGUCAUCCGGUUCACACGGAUAUCCUAGUUCAGGAGGAUUGUCUGGUGGCAGUCAUGGCUACCCUUCAUCGGGAGGUAAUCAGCGGUAUCCUUCAUCGGGAGGUAGUCACGCUUACCCUUCGCCUGGCGGCAGUCAUGGAUAUCCCGCAUCUGGUGGAUUAUCCGGCAACAGUCAUGGGUCGGCAAAUAAACAUCCUUCAGGCGGUACUCAUACUACACAUAUUUAUAACAAUUAUCACUACAGUCCACCGCAACAGAUUAGAUACACUCCAGUCGGGGGUGGAGCUCCUAUGACUUACCCUGUGUACCGAGGCACGCCGCCGACCUACGUGUAUCAAAUCAAGGACUCAGGAAGCAAAUACGGCACAUUAUUAACUGGUCUCGCUCUGUUGAAUCUCGGAACUCUUGCGGGCACUGCAUACGCGAUCAGCCACAGCGGCAGUGGCAGCCACGGAGGCAGCUCUGGACAAUAUAAACCGCAAGCCGGCGAGGUAUGCAAGUUUGGCAUCAAAAAAGACAAUGGUGAUUAUGAAGAGACCAAAAUAAAUUGCGAAUUAAUAUCUAGUUUUAUAUUGCAAGAGGAGGCAAAAGCACAGAAUAACGCGACUAAUACAAGCAUCAUUACAACAACAGUCACAAAUGUAACCACAGUAAAUAUGACAAAUGGUGUGCCGGAAUCAGCUGCUACAACACAAGCCCCUGCAAUUGGUAAUCCUAUUUACAUGAUGUUGCCUAAUGGUACAUUGGUGCCUAUUAAUGCUACUGUUGUAAAUCCAACUGCAAAUGUAACUGCCCCAGAAGCUAGUCCUAACAAUACUAUGUCAUCAUCAGUAACUGUUACAACAACUACAACAAACACAACUGUAACAAAUGCUUUGGAUGUGAAAGGAAAGCCAGUAGAUGUAACGCCUGGCAUGCAAUGUUUUGUAAUGAGAACCACACCUGUAUCUCGAAUGAAGAAAUCCAUACCUUGUGGUCUCCUACAGACUUAUGCAGAGAAGUCAAUAACAAAGAGUGCAGCUGGUCAAAAUGCACCAGCAUUUAUGAUGUUGGCAACUGUAGUCGCACUAAGUUUAUUAUAUUGAAGUACAUAGCCUAACUUAUAGUUUUGAUAUCUUUUAAGCUGUCUUGGAUUGUGUGUAUAAUGUGUUAAUAAUGUAGUGGUGAAUCCAGGAUUUUGAUUUUGCAAAUUCUUGAAUUAAAAAUAUUGUCAUAAUAAAAAAUAGAAUUGGAAAAUGCUGUACUCCCUUAAAGGAAGAAAGUAGUAUAAAAUCAAGUUUCAUUGAGAUGUAUCAGGAGUGAACCUACAUGAUUUUGGUGGGGAACUUGAGUCCCUUAGAUAAACAACCAUCCUCCACCUGGAUCUACCAUGUUCAUUAGCAGUUGAGUCAGAUGUACUUAUUGGUAUUUAUAUAAUAUGAGACUGGAUAUAAUUUUUAAUAUUUUUUUCCAAGAGUUUGCAGUUUUUUAGUUUAAACUCCUAAUUGUCAAUGUCAUUUUAAAUAUAAAACAAUAAGAGUCCAUGGUAAACAAAAUAUUUCUAUCAGUGUUAAAUACAUCAAGUGCAGCUUUUGAUAACCAUAUUAUAAAAGAUUUAUACACAUGUAACAAAUGAAUUCAUUUGUGUAAUUGGUUAUUAGUAAUAGUUAGUCCCUACAAUGUGAUACUAUGUGUCUAAAAAUUUGUUUAUUAAUUUUAUAUCUGUGAUUAGCGAAUCUAUAUAAUGUAUAGGGCUACUGAAAGGCUAUUUUGAAAUUGUACUGUGUUUGUCAAAUAAAUUUUUCUGUAAGA